AUGGCUACUGCUACUGCUACUGCUACAAGAGGUUUUAUGAGAAACUGGUAUCGAGUUGAAAUUCUUCCUAUCUAUGCUGUAACUGGUAUUGCAGUCGUAGGUGCAGGUUGGUACCUUACUCGUCUUGCUAGAGGGCCCGAUGUUAUUUGGGACAAAAAAAAUAACCCAACUCCAUGGAACAAUGUCGACCAAGGAACACAAGUAAAGCUUAUGGCCGUUUGGUAA